CACUCACUCUCACUCUCUCUCUGUCUCUCUCACAGUCACUCAAUGACAGACCGAGAGAGACCCAUGAAGAGAGUGAGAUAGCCAGGCAGCUGGACCCUGAACAGGACCCCAGGAAUAACUGGUGAAAACAUCUCCACUUUGAAAACACUCUUGGAUUGUUCACAUCUGCAACUGUUUCUUUGACCAUGGGCCCUUCUGUCUACUGGUUGUGCAUGACGCUUACAGCAGUCCUCCUAUGUGAAGGCAGUGCUUUGGAAACACCAAGUUUAAGUAACGCUGGGGCAAAAAAAGCCCCUAGAGUAAUGAGCAACAAAGAAGAUCCUCUGCUAGACAAUAAAAAACAACCUAGUGUCCUUUCUCAGUUUACAAGGAAAUCAGAUCUUGGAGCUCAGCCAUUUAAAGAAGAGGCAAAUACAGGCAAACUCCUGCCUCAGACAAAGACUCAUCAGAAUCCAAACCAAGAAAUACCCUUCCAAAAUCCUCCUCAAGUAAUAACUCUGCGGCUCAGUGGUGCCUGCACAAGCCAGGUUCUAGAGGGGGUUGAUGGUGAUGUAAACACGGAUUUUGAACACGUUGUUGAGCCUGGCACACCUUUAGUGAUUACUCACCGCAUUACAGUAGCCCCAUCCUGCUCUUGCACUGAAAUUGAUAUCUCUGCUUUGAACCAGCGUAUAACAGCACUUGAGAGCCAGAUAUCAGAACUGAGGCAGCAGUGUGGGGGAGGAGGAGGAGGAUGUUGCCAUGCUGCCACAGGUUCCCCAGUUGCGUCACUGGCCUGUGGCCUACAUGGAACUUUGCAGCUUGCCUCCUGCCGUUGUGAUUGCGAACCAGGCUGGGGAGGACCACAGUGCAAUGAAAAGCAUUGUCCAGAUAAUUGCAGUGACCAGGGAAGAUGUGUAGAUGGCCAUUGUGAAUGUUUUCCUGGUUUCUCUGGUCCAAGCUGUAGCCAACCAGCAUGUCCAUCUAACUGCUCCGGCCAUGGGUCAUGCCAAUAUGGCAAAUGUGUUUGUGAAAAUGGAUUUAGUGGUGAUAAUUGUUCUAUUGAACCCUGUCCCAAUAAAUGUCAAAAGAGAGGGAAGUGUGUCAAUGGGAAGUGUGUGUGUGAUGCUGGUUACACUGGCAAAGACUGUUCAGUUGUAUUGUGUCCAAGUAACUGCAGAAAUAGAGGACAGUGUGUGAAUGGAAAGUGUGUCUGCGAUGCUGGUUUUGCAGGAGAAGACUGUUCUACUCCAUUAUGCCAAAAUAAUUGCCAGAACAGAGGACAGUGUUUGAAUGGAAAAUGUGUCUGUGAUGCUGGUUUUACUGGAGAAGACUGUUCUACUCCAUUAUGCCAAAAUAAUUGCAAAAACAGAGGACAGUGUUUGAAUGGAAAAUGUGUCUGUGAUGCUGGUUUUACUGGAGAAGACUGUUCUACUCCAUUAUGUCCAAAUAAUUGUAGAAAGAGAGGACAUUGUGUUGCUGGAAAAUGUGUUUGUGAUGCUGGUUUUACUGGAGAAGAGUGCUCCCUACUGCAGUGCCCAAAUAACUGCAGUAACAAGGGCCGUUGUGUGAAAGGUAGAUGUGUGUGUCAAAGAGGGUUCACCGGUCCUUCGUGUGAAGAAUCAUCCUGUCCUGGAAACUGCAACAACAGAGGGCACUGUGUGAGGGGGAAGUGUAUCUGCAACCCAGGUUUCAAAGGUCCAAACUGCAUGAUAGCCACCUGCCUUAUAGACUGUGGUGAACAUGGACAAUGCAAGGAGGGAUCAUGUGUGUGCCAAGAAGGGUUCUGGGGAGACAACUGUGCACUAGUACUUCCAUCUAUUGAUGGAUUGCACACAAAGAAUGUCACAGACACCUCGGUGGUGGUUUCUUGGAAUCGGCCACAUGAGCAGGUGGAGGGUUAUGAGAUCACCUUUCAGACUACGAAAGAUGAUAAAGAAAAUCUGACAAUCCAUUUAAGAGGUGAGGAUACUAGUUACGUCCAGCAGGGUCUUGCACCAGGACAAGAAUAUAAGAUUUAUGUAAGAGCGCAGAAGAACCAAACACUUGGACCAAUAGCCAGUGCUCUUUUCCAGACAUAUGUUUCAGGGCCCUUAAAUUUAAGGGUUAUCAAAAUAAAAUCGAACCUUCUUAUAAUCAGAUGGGAGCAUCAGGCUUCAGUAAUUGAUCGCUACUGGCUCUCAUUCACUCCACUUGAUGGUGGUAAACCUACCCGCACCAGGGAACUUCCACCUGAACGCAAUGUUGCUCAGAUAACAGGAUUGGAUGCAGGUCGCCACUACAUUAUAACCCUGGAGGCAGAAGUAGGAAAUAAAAGAAGUCUUCCUGUCAAGAUACAGGCAACAACAGGUUCUUCUAUUGACACUGGGCUAUUUCAAAGUGGUAUAACGGUAGACACUAAUAAAACCCAAAUGAAGAUACCUGAGAGAGAUACAAAGUCAACGAAAAACAUAUCAGUUUCAGAUGUGAAGCCAACAACCACUACAAAAGAGAGACUUACUAAUACUUCAAUUUUAAAUAAAGAAGAAGGGAAAGACAAUAAGACAAUUCCUACUAAUUUACCUCUCCAACCCAAAACUAAGCCUAAAGACGGCAAAUUCACUGUUCACACUAGCAAAGGAAAAGACAAUAAGGUAAUUCCUACUAAUUUGCCUGUUCCACCCAAAACAAAGUCUAAAGAUGACAAAUUCACCAUUUACACUAGCAAAGGAAGUCCUCCAAAGAAACCUCAUAGGCCCACCAUAUUUCAUGUAAAAUCAGCUUCCUUAGAGACUAAAAGCAAACAGCCAAUCACAGUUACACCUCGGCCAACUUCUUACAGAUCUCUUGCAGUGACAGAUAAAUCAUUAAAUUGGAAAGAUCCGAUGGCACAUUUUGUGACUGAAUCUGAAGCUGUCAGGAUCCCUGAGGAUAAUUCAUUUUCUGUUUCCACUGUUAAAACAGUUUCUGUGAAAUCGCAUAAACUUGCCAGUUCAAGUACAGGAAACAUUGGCAGGCCUCAGCACCAAACCACUAUAUUUAAGCCUUCUGGCGAAACAUUUAAGGCCAUUACUUCAGCACCUGGACUACAAUUGUCCCAAUCAGGAACAAAAAGAGUGACUGGACAAAUGAUUGAGAAUGAAAAUUCUAUCAAGGUGAAUCAGCUUCCUGCCCCACCUACAAAACUGACCACUGGGCAGGGUGAACAAUCACAAGAUACAACCAGUACUAAGUCUGACAAGGCUUCAGUGCCUACCACUAGGGAGUUGUCUACUGAUGAUUUAGGAAAGGUCCCUCUGGCACCACCAGAGGUACCAUCUACAGCUCCCUCCAUGAAAUAUAAAUCUCAAAAGACUCUAGUUAAGAUCCACACAGAUACCUUAUCGACCAAAGCUCCACCUAUCAAGAGUGACAGGUCACCCACCAAAAUGAAGACGGGCAUAAAAUCACAACCCGUUAAGACAUUUCACAUUGACCCACAUGCUUCUUCAGGCUUUAAUACUUCUGUUGUCACCAAACUGCCGAAUGUAAUGAAAAGCAAUAUUACAAAAAAGCUUAAAGUUACUCCUGAUGGUACAAGAGUACUGAUAAGUGGCACCAUUCCUAAAAAGAACUUGAUUACACAGGGUCACAUUACAAAACCUGGGGCUCCUCCAUCACAAAAGAAUACAAGUGUAGCUCUACCAAACUCUAUGACUGGACCACCCAAGGGUAAGCUACCUUUUCAUAAGCAACCAGAAGUUAAACAGAAGUUAAAACCAUCUACUCCUCAAAGGAACAACACCAUGCUUGACAUGCAACACCAUGUCUCUCCAUAUGUGGCCAUAGGCGGACAGCCAAGUUCCACAACAACCUCCCCAAUGCAUAUUAUUGACAGAUCACACCAAGCUCACAAUAAAAGUGCAGAAAAAACUAAAGUUAAUAGAACUCCUUUAAAAGUUCAAGGUACAGAAACAAAAUCGUCUCAAUCAAUUCCUAGUUCACAAAAUAAAAUUAAAGGAACCCCUGUGAUGACCCAAACAGUAAUUACAGAGAAACCAAAAACUUCUUCAGUAAUUCAUGGAAUAGGUCUAAAUGAGAACAACAUUUUUAUUACUCAUCAUCCUAGACUGUACAAAACUGUCACAGAAACAAUGAAAACAGAGUUCAAACCUGUUGAAUUCCAUACUUCGGCUAUUCCAACCUAUGGAUUAAAAGCUAAUGAGAUCAAGACAAAGAAACAGCCAGAAUCUGAUAUAUACAAAAUUUCUCGCCUAACUACACAGACAACGCACUUAGAACUAACACCGUCUCCAACAGCUCCGUACUCAGUAAAUGGCUCCCAUGUGGGCUCCAUGCCAAAAUACAAUAAUGCUUCCCAUCCAGCUGAUGAUAAAAAAAAAGCUGACCUGCAUGACAAGAAAGAGAAGCCACAGGUUGAAGCAACUGAGCCCAGGUCUACUACUUAUAGGUUCAACAAAAAAUUGGGCCAUAGCUCACAAAAUGGCACAAAAACAGUUGAAGGAGUUGUACACAGAAAUGAGUCUGUGCGGAAACCACUGCAGAGGACUGGGGCUAAUUUUGGGGCCCCUGGACGACAAAAUGGGACAAUAAUUGUUCAUUUGUCUGACAAGGAUGGAGAACAGAAGCCAAGUACAGGUUCAGCAAGUGAGAGCUUACCUGUAGCUGAAGAAAAUGGUCCAAGCAAUGUCCAAGUCUCCAACAUUACUCCUGACAGCAUGGAACUUUCUUGGGUGGCAAAAGAAGGAGCCUUCAGGAACUUUAUUGUUACCUACAAAGAGUAUGGAACAAAGAAUGUCCUUGUUCAGAAGGUGGUCCCAGGAAGAGAAAGGUCUUUUAGAAUCAGAGGCCUCAAGCCCAACACUCGUUAUUUCCUAUCUGUAUCUGGGAUGAGCAAUGGUGUGAGAUCAAAAAUAGAAAGGGUUAUGUCGAAAACAGCUAGUGGACUUGUUAAUCCGACUUCAGUUCCACCGACACGCAUUGCUCAUGUAGAAGAAGAGGAGACACCACUGGCCAGAGUGGAGAGGAUGAGAGUGAUUUCCCAGUCUCCUCGCAGUCUUACUAUUUCCUGGAGUGCUCCAAUGGGAGUCUUCAGUGCAUUUCUCCUCUCACAGAGGCCCCAAAUGGACAAGACUUUCAAACAGAAGAAGCUGAAUCCCAACAUUCGAUCGUUUCAGCUGAAUGAUCUUAAACCUGACACAGUCUAUGAAAUUCGAUUACAGGGCAUAGCUAAUGGAAGGGUUUCGCCUGCUUUGAUGACCACCUCCCGCACAGCCCAAGACACAACCCAAGAAAUCUUCUUCAGUGAUGUGAAAAACACAUCUGUUGUGGUAAGGUGGGUCUUUUUAGAAGACAAUGUGGACAGCUACAAAGUCACCUACACUAACCAAGAGGAAGGUGAGCCUUAUAGUGUACAGGUAGAAGGUAGCAAGAGUCAAGUAACACUUACCAAUCUAGUCCCAGGUUCAAAAUAUGACAUCAGUGUCAUGUCAGUGCAAGGACGUGAAGAGAGUGACCCUGUCACUGGAAUUGUUCUGACUGCACCUGAUACUCCUUCUUCUUUCAAGGCCAUAAAUGUAACAACCACUAUGGCUCUAUUAGUUUGGAAACCUGUGUCAAGAACAGUGGACAGAUACAUCAUUGUGCUCCGUAGUCAAGAUAGUCCUGAAAUGAACCUAUCAACUGCCGGUAAUAUAACAGAGCUGCCACUCACAAAUUUGAAGUCUGGCACAACAUAUGCUGUCCAUUUGAGCAGUGAGAAGGGAGGCAUCCAGAGUGCACCAGUGGGCACUGUCUUCAACACCAAUGUGGUUGGUCCAGAGGAUCUGAUGGCUAAAGAAGUAUCACCUCGCACAGCUUUGCUGACCUGGAAAGCCCCGAUGUCAACCAUCACAGGAUACAUUUUGAUUUUCAGAAGUGAUGAUGGAGAGUCUAAGGAAGUGAUGCUAAAUCCAAAUGAAAUACAUUACAAACUGUCUGGUUUAAACCCAUCCACUAAAUACAAUGUGAGUCUGACAGGCCUGAGAGGAAAAGAGAAAACAUCUACAGUUUCAACAAGUUUCACAACAGGAAAUUUACGAUUCCCAUAUCCUCUGGAUUGUUCACAAGAGAUGAUGAAUGGCCUGGUAGAGUCGGGGCAGGCUACUAUCUAUCCUGGAGGAAAACAUUCCCCACCUGUACAAGUCUACUGUGACAUGAUGACUGCUGGAGGAGGCUGGACUGUUUUUCAGAGAAGAAAGAAUGGAAAGACUAAUUUUUACCGAUCCUGGAAUGAAUAUAAGAAUGGCUUUGGGAAUAUCUCAGAUGAGUUCUGGCUUGGUAAUGAAAAUAUUCACAAACUUGCAUCACAGAGCCCACAGAUGCUACGGGUAGACCUACACACUAUGCACGAGCAUGCUUUUGCUGUAUACAGGACAUUUAAUGUUGACAAAGAGCAGAGAGAAUUUCGACUCACCGUAUCAGGGUAUUCUGGUACAGCAGGGGACUCGCUCUUGUAUCACAAUGGCCAGCCUUUCUCCACUAAAGACCGUGACCUUAAGAAACUAGUCACACGCUGCGCUGUGUCCUACAAAGGAGGAUGGUGGUAUAAGAACUGUCAUGAAGCAAAUCUGAAUGGUGUUUAUGGAAAUAACAACAACCAGCAAGGAAUAAACUGGCUUCACUGGAAAGGUCAGAAUUUCUCCAUCCCUUUUACUGAGAUGAAGCUUCGACCCUUGUAUUUUGACCCAACAAGAAACAUAUAAAUACAGAGCUAUAUCUGACCUGCCAGAAACAUUUCUCAAACAGUAUGAACUUUUUCACUUAUACUUCCCACCUUCGUUGUGAUGCUGACUUAGAUCUACUCUACAGAAUAUAAAACUGUCAGUUUCAAGAUGGUUGGGCACAAUCUCGCCUCAACAGGUCUGGCAAACAGAGUGUUUUUAUUGACAGCUUUCAAAAAUCAAUUGGAUGGAGGCAAAAAUAUGUUUUCCUGAGCAUUCCUCACGAAUAUGUCUUACUCUGUAUCUAUAUAUUAGAAAUAUAUUAAGUUGUGGGAAGAGCAGUUUGUACAGCAUUAUAUAUAUAUUUUUUAAAUACACAUCGAUAGUGGAAAAGAAACAUUCUUUACUGCAAAUAGGUAAUGUAUUCAGGAAUGCCUGUACUGUUAAUAUUCAAGUCUAACAAAAAUUCCAACACAUCACAAUUAUGCCUGUCAACUUAUUAAAUUUCUAAUGGGAUCUAAAUCUGUACCAUUAUCGGUAUAACAUAUUACUACAAGGGUGUAUCAAAAAAUGAAGUCAAUUACAUGCUAAAUUAUGUAGUAACACAAUUGAUAGAAGCUGAUGCAAUACAAAAUGUUUGUGAUGGCUUAUGGGUACUUCAAAUGCACACCUAGUUGAAGCCAGGUCAAAUGAAUAUGGAUGCACGAUUAUUGAACACCACAUCGUGGUGAAAUUUCUUUGAGCAGAGGCAGUGAAACCUUCUUAAAUUCACCAAAGGAUGUUGGCCCAGUAUGGAAGUGAAAACAGCAUGACUCAAUAAAACUUUAUGAAUGGCUAGAAAGGUUUAAAGCAAGAAAAACAAGUGUAAUUGACAAAGCUCGACCUGGUCGACCAUUAACAUCAUGCACAUAAAGCCCACAUCAACAUUGCAAAUGCCUUCAUCAGAGAAGACUGACAGUUUACGUUGUCCACUGAUGUUGCACAAUUCGAUAUCAGCUAUGGAUCUGAAAUUGCCAUAAUGCAUGGUGAUGUGGACGACUUGUGUAAGAACUGGAACCCAAACAGCUUACUGAUCUGCACAAACCAACAUCCUUUGGUGAAUUUCAGCAGGUUUUACUCCCUCUGCCCAAAAAAAUCUCAUUAAGUCACAUUGUUUAACAAUACUGCAACCCCACAGCAGAGCGUCCAUGUUCAUUUGACCUUGACUUCAACUACCCAUAAGCCAUUGUGAACAUGUUGUACUGCAUCAGCUUCUAUCCAUUAUGGUUAUUGUGUAAAUUUCAAAUCUCCUUUAUUUUUUGAUUUACCCACAUAUAAGGAGCAAGUGCGAAAAAAGGAGGUUGAUUCUGCCAAAUGUGCUUUUUUUAAGAAACAAAAAUGCAAACAUUUGUUCUGUUUAUUGUCAGCUUUUCUAAUGUGACAAAUAUGCUUUGAGCGAAAUGAACAAUUGUAUUAAUAAAAUUAAAUACAUCCAACUAUAGAAGUACAAGUAUGCGUGUGUUAGAAAAAAAAACCUAAACAAAAUCUUCAGAACAUGACACCAUGCUGUGGAAACAAAACUGACAGUUUUUCAUAUAAGACUUUUGAUGUUAGGCAGAGCUUCUUAUAUGAAAAAUGUGAAAUUGUACAUUUUUUAUUUUACUAGCUAAGGUCCACCUAGACAGCAGCAUAUGGCAAGAGUGGUGUUUCAAUAGUUCAUCUUGUGGUAUGUAUUUGGUUAAUUUCCUAAACUCUAGACUACAUUGAAUGCCUGAUUGAGUGUUGGACUAUAUGAAAAUUCAGGAUGAAAAAUUGAUUACCAUCUUAAUAAGGUGCAUCUGUUAUGUAUUUUUUCUUGUCCUACUAGGCUGUGCAGUUUUACAUUAAAUGGACUAGCAUUUGGCAUCUUUGACACCAUC